AUGGCAUCGUUCGUAUGGGACUGUUUGUUCUGUUUGCUCCCCUCCAUCUGCUUUUUCCUGCUGCAUGUGACUCUCCGCUGGCCCAGAGUGCACUGCUGGAUGAGGCAGGCUGUCGGAGCUGCAGGAUGGAGGCUGUGGGUCAUUGUCUGUCUGAUCCUGGAGCUGAAACCACUCAAAGAUACAAGAACAUGGGACAGGGAGGUCAAAACACAGGACACGAGCUCAGGUCAGACUUCAGAUGAACCCAGGCUCAUCUGCAAACCCACUGCUCUCGCCAAAUAUCUCCUGCAGAACUGUGGCUCUCUGGCAAAGUCAAAGCUGGCCUCCUGGCCCAGAGGAGACCCCCACCUUCAGACUGUGUCCAGCCAGCUGUGUGGACAAUGUGAGGGCAACAUACAGUUUACUAGAGACCACCUGUUAUUGAAGGACGGGGGCGUUGUGGCUCUGGAUUGGGCGGUGGGGACCACACUGGGUGCGGCAGUGGUGAAGAAGAGGUGGAAGGCACCGGGUUGCUUCACCUCAACACUUCCUGUCCUACCUCAGUCCUGGGGAGGGAUGAGACCUCACUUGAAGCUGCUUUGUCACCAGGCCAUGAGGCAGGGCUUACUGGUAUUUCACCACAGAGGGACCGCGGGCUCGCCGCUGACCACAGCACGUCUCACGGAGUUUGGAGACUCGGCUGAUUUGGAACAGGCAGUGUCCUAUGUCCGCAGUCGCCACCCAUCCUCUGUGCUGGUGGCAGACAGUGAGGGUUCUGGCUCAGGGGUCCUGCUGUCCUACCUGGGGGAGCAUGGUUCCAGCACCUUCCUGACAGCAGCAGCAGCCGUCUCACCUGAGCUGCUGGACCAGCUGUGGUUUGAAGCAGCCAUGCCUCCUGUUUACCGCUGGGCGGCGCUGUUUCACUGGAAAAUGCAUCUGAGCAGGUAUGCAAGUUCCUUCAGGGGAGUCCUGGAUGUGGACCGGGCCCUCAGCUGCUCCAACCUCAGAGACUUUGAAGAAGCUCUCUUCUGCUCUUCAGCCAAGCUCCAUCAGUAAACUUAUCCAUCUCCAGAAAGCUCUGGGGCCUCCUCCCUGCAGGGCCUCAUACCUACAGCGGUGUGGACGCUGGGCGAAAGAGCUCAAGCCAGGAGCUGGGAGAGCUACUGGGAGAGCUGCUGGGAGAGGAACGAACCUCUGAGAGGUGCAGACGAAGUGGCUGUCCCUGUGCUCUGUAUCUGCAGCAGGGACGACCCUCUCCUCCCACCUGCCUCCAUCCUGCCCAUUUCCCUGUUCCUCAACAGCCCUUACUUCCUCCUGGUGCUGCCAGACAGAGGGGGGCACUGUGGGUUCACUCUGGAGGGGAGGGAGCAGGAGGAUGAAAGUAACUGGAGUCACAUUGUACUUCUGGAGUACUUCAGAGUAGUGGCUGAGUUCCUGAAAGAGGAAGAGAGGGAGAGGGCGAGCUGGAGAGGAGAAGUAAACAGUCAGAGGAGCCGGGUGAACGCUGUGGUACCCUCCUGCCGAAGGAGACCCACCAUGACAAGGAGACCAAGGGUCCAGGUGAUGGAGCAGAGCUGUGAAGGGGGAUGGAGCUUCACCUGGAGGAGGUCACACACACGUUGA